CGGUUUAAUGCAAAGACAACAUGACCCGCCCAGCCAGACAGACAGCAAAUUUCAUAAUCCAACGAAACUAACACUGGUGGGUUUAAUGCACAGACAACAUGAGCCGCCCCGCCAGACAGACGGCACAUUUCAUAAUCCAACAAAACUAUGUGCCAACUUGUCGACCAAUGGCGAGAUGAACAGUCAGUCCCGAGUACGGAAACCUCCGCAGGCGUAUCACUAAGAACUGCAACCAACAGGUGCAGCAACUCUGGACCUUGAAGCGGUCGGUUCCCGCUGGUGAAGCUCACCUUGCUGCCACAGCACACAAUAAACAAGGACGGAUUACACCCCCCAUCUGGCAAGAAGACCCAGUCUAAAGCCCCACUCUUCACGAGUUCCGACCUGCCUGCCGCUGAGAGACACCAGGCUCCAACCUCGAUCUCUCUUGCUAAGUCAAGUUCGCCUAAUGACGUGGCGGCAGCCACUUUAGAUGCCACGCGCCCAAGCUGGGCAAAGAAGUCAGACGCAGGAGUGACUUGGCUUCGGCUUUGGCUUUGGCUUUGCUGCGCUGGACGUGCGAUUGUAGACACCGACCCACGUCUGCAGACUGCAGCGCCCCGGCUCCAAAUGACGAACCCCUUGACAUCUGUCUUCCGGAGGAGUGCAUAGCUCGCCCAUGCACCUUCCUAUCCUUCCUCUUGUACUGGAAUCGACCGACAAAAGGUCACACAAUUUGCUGCCAGAAUCAAACGUCGUAAGCCUCCUGAAGUUUAUAAAGACAAGGGUCUUCGAUAUCGAAAUGAAAUUAUACUCUUCUCCCAAAACAUGCCACAGUGAAAACGCUUCUGUUCCACCAGCUAUUGUGCCCUGCUUAGCUCUCUUGGCCAACCUUGCCUCCUUCAAGCCCACAGGCUAAUAGAUGGAAGCACCAUGGCUAUGGCAGCAAGAAACAGGCCAAGGACCUUGGUUCGCAGUUGUGGGCCCAUCCGUGAGAGGUGGAGGUGAAACUGCAUGAUUAACACCUGUAAGGAAUCCCAACAGGACUCCCACAACCCGAGGAAGAAGCCUAUCCUUUAGCCAAGGAAGUCCCAGCGUAAAUCCGAAGACAGAUACCUCCAGGUGGUAAGUACCAACACCUGUGCCCUCCUCACACAAGCCCUCCCCGACAGCAGCACGCGGCCCGGUGACAAAACGCAGCUCACCGUAUCUUCCUCUCAUGAGCCGCAAGGCCAACGGCGCCCUCCCUGCCGGUGACAAAAUGCGGCUCACCGUAUCUUCCUCUCAUGAGCCGCAAGACCCACGGCGCCCUCCCUGCAAGGGUAACCAGUCAGAACUUGGCUCUUUCGGGGUCCAGCUCCUGGCUUGACGAGUCACUCGGGGUCCAGCUGCUGGCUUGACGAGUCGCUCGGGGUCCAGCUGCUGGCUUGACGAGUCGCAAGCAUCUGACAUGCGCAGAAAGAAGAAUCUCUAAAGCCCCGCACGUGUCAAUUCGGUUUCAGAGGCAAAAUGAGGCGAAAUGGUAACCUCUGUGUUAUCCUGAGGAGCUUGCACCCUCUCAAGAAGGUGCCGCUGCAAGGGGAGGAGACAGAUAGCGCUCCCAUUGCCCGGUCAGGCGCAGUGGCGCAAACUGCAGCUGGAUCUGAGAUGCAACCACUCCCCGUCCCGUCCUGUCAUCUUGCUAACAGCGGAACGGAGUUGACUGCUAAGAUGGGCAAGACGGGACAGACGAGUUCUCACUAAGCUUGCAAACCCCACUUUUGGUUGACACCAACAAUAAAACCGCCAAACAUCU